UGUCAAAACACUAAAUAGUACUAUGUCAGAAGCUCAAAACGAAAACAUUAGCUAUCGGAGAAUAAAAAAAAGCUUAUGUUAAAAUUAAAAUAGACGAAUGAAAUAACAAUGGAAAAUAAUAUAAAUAAUACACGCUUUGGUAAAUGCAGGUUUUGUUUCUGCAAUGGUAAUCACAGAGAUAUCAUGAAGGAAUAUAAUUUUAAUGGUAUACGCGAAGUAUACUUCGAUUUAUUUCAGGAAUGUUUUAAUUUAUAUUUAUGUACAAAUGGCAGAAGCUCUUUGAUCUGUUUACCGUGUAUCCAGAAGUUGAGAGAAGCAUUUAGCUUCCGAAUGAUGGUUGUGAAUGCUGAGCAACAGCUAUUAGACGCACUGGACGAGAAGCAGACGUACUUUGUUAACUUGGGGGAACCUCAUAUUGACAUUGACGUUAAAGAGGAGAAGGCGGUUGAAGUCAAGAGUGAACAGAACGAUUCAGAUGGAAAUGUCGACGAGGAAGAUUAUUUAGAAAAGUACGAUGACAUAUUGACAGACUCACAUUCUACGGCUGAUGAGGAUUUAGUCGAUGGUGAAGCGGAGUUCCUAGCCCGCUUCCCCCCCGGCACUCUACCACCGCUACCAACCAGAGCGACGUUGGAGUACAGAUGUAAACAGUUCGUCAAGGAAUUGGAGUUGUUGAAGGGUAAAAAAAUCACACCUAAAGCUAUAAAAAAUCUAGUAACAGAUCCGACACAACACAGGAUACGAAACGUGUACAUGACGGAGAAACUCGCACACAUAACGAACUUAUCGACGAUUCUAGAACAUUCCAACCUCACAGCGUUCAAGACAAGACGAAGAUCCGGCUUCCCUUGCUUCUAUUGCAGGCGUAUUUACGAAAACUUCGAAAUACUGCGCGACCACCAAUACAACGACAAAUGUAAAUCGAACAUGAAAAAAAUUCUAAGUAAAUCAAUCAUGGAGAGAUUGGUCGUGUACGUUCACAUCACAGAGAUCAAGUGUACUAUUUGCGACCAAGGUCUUCCGAAUCUGAACGAGCUGAAGUCUCAUUUAACGAAGAUCCACAAGAAGAAACUACAUCCGGAAUACGGUGAUAGAAUAAUACCAUUCAAGCUUACUAAAGGUAACGAAUACGAGUGCCAGACUUGUGGGUUCAAUUUCGAAACGUUCGGCGCCAUAGAGCGUCACAUGAACGUGCAUUACAGGAACUUCGUGUGCGAUCAGUGCGGUGCGGGCUACGUUACACAGAGCAGACUCAAAGUUCAUCUAAAGUACUCCCAUAUAAAGGGUGUUUUUCCGUGUGAUAUUUGUAAUAAAGUGUUCAAUACUCAGUAUAAACAUAAGUGUCAUGUGGAUGCUGUGCAUAAAAUGGUGAAGAAAAAUAAGUGUCCAAAGUGCCCUGAACGUUUCACGGACUAUUUCGAUCGUCACCAGCAUAUGGUCGAAGCUCAUGGGGAACAGCCCUUAAGGUAUCGGUGUAACGUAUGCGAUACGGUGUUCAAGAGACGCUAUGCGCUUUCGUUGCACAUGAAAAGGCGGCAUUUGGAAGUCAAGGAUAAAGAAUGUUCGUUGUGCAGCUAUAAAUGUCACACGAUAGCAGAAUUAAAGGCCCAUAUGAUCAAACACAAUGGUGAAAGGACGUAUGAGUGUAUAGUCUGCAAGAAGUCGUACGCUCGAAAGAAGACUUUGAAGGAACAUAUGAGGAUUCAUAAUAACGAUCGAAGGUUCGUCUGCGUCGUUUGUGGACAGGCUUUCGUGCAAAAUUGCAGUCUGAAAGGGCACAUGAAGGCGCAUCACGCGGAUUAUGUCAACGGUUUACCUAGAAGCUAGUUUAAUUAAAUUUAUAUAUAUUGGGUGUC